AUGUACUGGGAGGAAAGUGGGGGAGUGGAGCUCUACAUGGCCACUGCCAACAGCAGCAUGGGGAUGACGCUGAAGUGCAACUCCACCAACUCCACCUGCCAGUUCCCAAACUUGUACUGCGGGAAAACCUACACAUUCUCUGUAACUGCAUACAGUAAGAUGUGCUACAGUGAAAUCAGCAGAACGGUGGAGAUUCAGACAGACCCCUGCCGGCCGACUGGCCUGACAGUCACUGGGUCCUGUAACAACGAGACGGUGGUGUUGGAUUGGUUGGCGGCUCAAGGGGCAUUAGCCUACGUGGUGACAGUCACAGGAGACCUGGGGUACGCCACAGCUUUCCAAACCAAUAUGACAACAGUAAGGGCUCAGCUGCCCUGUGGACAACUAUUCAUCUUCACUGUAACAGCUCAAGAUGAUCGAUGUGACAGCGCUGUGAGCCUGCCUAAAAAAUUCAAGACAGGUCCCUGCGUGCCUGAGCAUGUAAAGAGCUUUACACAGUGUGAGAACAGUCUGGGCUCGGUCAGCUGGGGCAAAAGCGAUGGAGCCGAGUCCUACAUGGCCAUCGCAAUAGGACGUGACCUCCAAACCCACAUGUGCACCACAAACACCACCAACUGCACCUGGGACGACCUGCGCUGUGGAGAGCAGUACACAGUUCACGUCAUUGCCAACGACUACCUGUGCAGCAGCAUGCCGAGCAACAGCACUUCAAUACGAAUGGCACCAUGUAUUCCUCAGAACUUGACAUCAUCUCUGAACUGCACAAUGAAGGUGGGAUCGCUGACCUGGAAUGCCAGUCAAACUGCUGAGUUUUACGUUGUGACGGCAACGACCAACAAUGGCCACCAAGUGCAGCUUAGCACCAACGACACCUGGACCUUCAUUUCUGAGUUCAUGUGCGGCCAGGAGUACUUCCUGUCUGUUCAGGCAGUAGACUCUGUGUGCACAAGCCUCCCCAGUCAGCCAUCAAAGCUCGAGUCAGAGCCCUGUCCUCCUACCGGCGUCUCCAGCUUCAUGAACUGCCUCUCUAACAUCGCUGUGGUCUCGUGGUACAGCUCGGCUGGGGCGGACUUCUACACCGCCACGGUGACACAGGGAGACGGCCAAUCACAGAGCUGCUGGUCUGACAGCGAGAAGUGUGGCAUGCCCAACGUCAACUGUGGACAGAACUACACAGUGACGGUCGUCGCCUCGAAUGAGAAUUGCAACUCUGACACGAGCCAGGCUGACACACUGCAGUCAGUGCCCUGUGUUCCUACUGGCGUGGAUGUGAAGAUGGACUGCUCUACUAAUAAGGCUCUCGUGUCCUGGAUUUCCAGCAAGGGCGCCCUAUCCUACAAAGUGACGGCUCAGAGCACACAGGGAGCCAUGUCCUUCUGCCAUAGUACAAACCUAAUGUGCACCUUGGCCAACCUGACCUGUGGGCAGGACUACUCUGUCCAGGUGGUGGCGCAGGAUGAUAUUUGCUCAAGUUUACCGAGCCCAGCUACAAAGUUCGCAUCAGUUCCCUGCACACCUAGCAUCGGCUCAGUGGUUCUGGACUGCUUCACCAACUCGGCCCUCUUGGACUGGGCCCACGCCGAGGGUGCCCUGAACUACACCGCUACAGCCCAGACCUCUAGCGGCCAUGUUUCCACCUGCACCUCCAACAUCACCAACUGCGAGCUGAUGGACCUGCAGUGUGGUCAGACCUAUAAUGUUUUCACUGUGGCCUCAAAUGAAAAUUGCAGCAGCCCUCCAAGCACCAUGUUGCAGGUGGAGUCAGUGCCUUGUCUCCCUGGAGAUGUUGUGACCGUACUGAACUGCUCUACCAACACAGCCCUUGUGAAGUGGCAGGCCAGCAUAGGGGCCGAUUACUAUAUUGUCCAAGCCUUCGGUGUGGAAGAACAUGAAUCUGGCUGCGAGACAGACACGCAGUCCUGCGUCCUCCCAGACCUUAUGUGUGGCUUCACCUACAACAUCAGUGUGAUUGCUGUCAAUAGCGUGUGCAAUGUAUCGCAGAGUGACAUGACACAGCUGCAAGCAGUGCCCUGUGUACCACAGCAGGUGAAGGCCCAGGUGGUUUGUAAUUCUGGCGCUGUGGCGGUCUCCUGGGAGCCCAGCAAUGGGGCAUCAUUAUACACCACAGUUGCCCAGGGCAAUGGCGGCUACGCGUCAACGUGCAAGAGCAACGGGACAGCAUGCCUCUUCAAUGAUUUGCUGUGCGGCCUAAACUACUCCAUCACUGUUAGUGCUUCAGAUGAGAAGUGUAGCAGCGCUAGAAGCUCUGCUGUGCAGCUCAACACAGUGGCGUGCGUACCAAGGAAUGUAACAGCAAAGAUGGUGUGCAGUAAUAACACAGGCGUUGUGUCAUGGGAAGGAGAGGGUGUGUCCUCCUACAUGGUGAAAGCUUUUGGGCUCGAUGGCCACAAGAUACAGUGUAACACCACCACAACCAGUUGCCAGCUACCCAACAUGCAUUGUGGCCAGCUCUACAACCUGACAGUAACAGCUCAGGAUGGACUGUGUGACAACAGCCGUGCCUACCUCAACCUGCAGUCAGUGCCUUGCAGGCCAACCUACGUCAAGGCUUCCCUAUUGUGCUACUCAAACUCUGCUGCAGUGACAUGGGAGCAAGCCAGUGGAGCGCUCUCCUAUCUUGCCGUGGGUGUUACAGCAAACGGAAGCCACCAGACUGAAUGUAACAACACCAUGACCUACUGUACUCUGAGAAACCUGCAGUGUGGACAGACCUACAAUGUGAGCGUGUUCAGCCAGGAUGAGUCCUGCUCCAGUGUGGCGAGCGACAAGGCUUACAUGCGGACAGCCCCCUGCGCACCCCAGGAUGUGGCUAUUAAUACACAGUGUGAUGAUGGUGCCAUGAACGUGUCAUGGUCCCCCAACCCCGACGCCCAGUACUUCCAUGUAGCAGCAGUGAGCAACAACUGGGCAAUACUCUACUGUAACUCCAGUAACACUUAUUGCAACAUAAGGGGUUUACCAUGUGGACAGAAAUACAACGCGACUGUGCUGUCCGUGAGAGAUGACUGUGAGAGUAAGCCCAGCGCUGUGGUAAAGACUUCCUCAGCUCCGUGUGUGCCCAAGAACGUGGAGGGCCAUCUGGACUGCGUAACAAACUCUGUUUGGGUGACGUGGGACGCCUCAGAAGGAGCUCUCAGCUACUUUGUGCGGGCCAAAGGGGUCGGAGGUCACAACUCCAGCUGCACUACCACCUCCUCUCCCUGUAAUGUCCCAGAUCUGAAAUGUGGAACGCGUUACACCUUCCACGUCACUGCUGUCAACAAAUACUGCAACAGCAAUCACAGCACCCCCUUUGAGCUUGAGACAGGUCCCUGUGCUCUAACAUCCGUUAGUGUAGUGACAGAAUGCGACAACGACACAAUCCUGGUUAACUGGGAGAUGACGAAGGACGCACCGCUCUACCUUGUGACCGCUGAGGGCAAUGACCAAAGCCUCAUAUCCUGUAACAGCUCCUCCAACUCAUGUGUACUCCCAGAUAUCCGCUGUGACAUGCAUUAUAGCAUCAUAGUAUCAGCUUCUUCUGAUAAGUGCAGCAGCCUCAGAAGCCCACCAAAGAAGAUCAUAACAGCGCCCUGUGUCCCACACAACGUGACAGUGUUAGCAUCAUGUGAGAAGAAUGGUGCCACAGUGACGUGGGGACAAUCCCCUGUGGCUACAUCCUACCUUCUGACAGCCACAGGAAGGGAUGGACAUGUUGCAAGCUGCAACACCUCAGUAAACAACUGCAAUCUGACUGAUCUGCACUGCGGACAGACGUACAGCUUAAACAUCACUGCCAGUGGAGACAACUGCACCAGCAAGCCCCGCACUUCAUCCUUCAGAACAGUGCCCUGUAAUUCCUCUGGCCUCGCUGUGGAUAUUAAUUGUGAGACCCACUCUGCCAUGCUGUCUUGGGGUGCCAGUGAGGGCGCUGUGGAGUAUUUUGGCUUUGCCCAAGCUUUGGAUGGAAAGAUGCUCUACUGCCACAGCACUGUCCCCUUCUGCACCAUGGAAGACCUGGAAUGUGGUCACGUUUACAAUUUCUCUGUUAAAGCCUCAAAUGGUGUCUGCAACAGCUCGCUCAGUGCACCUCUGCAGGCGGGAGCAGCUCCAUGCGCUCCGACUGCUCUGAAAGUCCAAAUGCAGAAGAUAGGCCAAGCUCACUGGGCCAUGACGUCAUGGGACAGCGUCAAUUGUUCUGACGUAGAGUACCUUGCGGAGAUAACCGGUCGAAUCCAGAACAACCCACAAGCCCUGAUGGAGGUCUUUUCCUACUGGCUGCCCAGGAGAUACUUUGAGUUCCCAAUGCCUUGCAGCACAGCAUAUAACCUGACUGUACGCGCCAGAAACUCAGGCGGGGUCAGCAAGCCAUCCACUGCCUUUACUGGAGUCACAGUCCCCUGUUCUCCACAGAAUGUGAGAUACAGUGGGAACAGAGACUCUGCUGUGCUUUCCUGGGAUGCAUCAGUGUUUGCCACAAGGUACACUGUCUACAGUGUGUCGGGGUCAGGCCGUGUCCAGCUUUGCAACACCACUGGGCUCUACUGCCAGCUGACCAACUUCUAUCCUAACGCCACUGAAGUGACAGCAAGCAACGCAGCGGGAGAGAGCAUCCCUAACCAAAAUAUUACAGGUCCAGUACAAGCUCGCAGAAGAAGAGAUUUGCGGACCAGUGAAAUCUUUGCCCAUUUUGACAAAGAUCUUGAAACCCCAGCAGUGACUGUGACAGUAAGUGGAGUUUCCUUGUAUGUGAAUUGGACGACCGUGAAGGAUGCGACAGAGUACACGGUUGUGAUUGAGGAGGAACAGAAAGACCAGGAGGCCAUUCAGCCACCUAUAGUGAGAACCACGGAAGGUAAUUUUUACAAAGUGACUGACCUCAAGCCUUGGACCACCUACUGCAUCAGGCUGGCCGCCAAAAACACCAUCAAGCAAAGCAACUACUCCAUUAGGCCAAUAUGCAGAAGCACUGGUGCCUCCAAAUGAACCACAGAUCCACUUAAUAAACAGACACUGGACUCGGCAGAAAUAAGGGUUAUAGGUUUGUUUUCUUCACUCUGUAGCAUCCAUAACAUAACUGUCAACAGUUCAAUCUCUAAAAACUUUAGAAGGAAAAUUGUAAAAAGAAAGUAAUUACAACUACAAAGCUACGGCAUCAUUCUUCUGUUUGGGGUAUAUCUUACAUACCACGAAUAAAUUGUGAUCAAACCUGAGGAGAACCUUUAGAUUUGAAUGCUUAUGAAUCUUUGUUAGCAAUAGCAUAUAUACAUUUUCAUUAUUUUGGCUGGUAUCAUAGCAUAACAAUGUAUUGCUGAAAUUCUAUUUAUCAAAAAAUGGUUUUAUUUUCGAGAUAGGUUAUUAAGAUUCUCUGGAUGAUUGUUAAACUAAAAAAGUAGUGUAAACAAAUAAACUCAUAAUUUAUCAAGCAAUAUUUUUUGAAACCAUGCAGUAUAUUUCCUUUUUGAUGUACUGUACUAUGUGACUUCUCAUUUUGUGAACACGUUGACAGAUCUUUUUUUUUUAACAGAUGAAGGAAUAAAAAAAAAAAAAACAUCUGUGAAACAAUAAAACUCCCCUCUGUUUAAACAUUA